CGAACUAUCGCGAGAAUUGGUCUUUGUGCAGCAAACAUCACAGACAGCAGCAAUGGCGAAGUCAAAGAACUCCUCGCAGCACAACCAGUGGCGCAAGGCGCACCGCAACCCGUUAGUCGUCUUUUUUGACCCGACAGGAUACCAGCCGAAGCCGCUGACAAUCUCGCAGCACCAAGAAGCCCAAGACUUCGAGAUACCCGUCCCUGAAGGGCUGCGAUCCCAAGUUCCGCCGAAACCACCGACAUGCUCUUCACGGCACCGCCAAGGCUCUGAGGGAGGCGAAGGAGGGCAAGCGGGACACCGUCUAGAAAGCGCCGGAUGCUGAUGCAGAGGAUGUACUGAGGGCGUGGGGCUCUGAUCUAGUCCAGGUGGUCUGGCAGAGACGGCAUCGAUAUCACGAGGCGCACACCGCCAUUACUCCAACGUCCCAAUACGACGGAGCGACACACGGAUAAUAGAAGGCACCCGAUUCUUGACACGGGCCGUGACCCCUUUUUCAGAUCAACAUUCUGCGAUGAACAGUCUGGACCAUGUGGAUUUGGUGCGGUGGGAGAUCGCGUGGGUUAUUCUCGCCACACGGCAUUGCAACUAUGGCCCAUCCGCGUGACUUUCGUGCAUGCUGCAGCGGCCGGUUAAUUCGCGACGCCGAGGCUACUCCCUGGCCUUGCUCUCGUAUCGUGUAAUGCCGUACAGGCUCACACUGAGGGUCGUUUGUUUCCUUCCUGUUGUGGAGAUCGAGCGUGCGAUGUCUUCGUGCGGCGGCCACGCCAGGACGGACGGACGUAAUCCAAGUCAAGGCAGAGACACUUGAUCGAUUGUGAAUGUGCU